AAAGAAAUCGCUGCUACGAGUUUUCACCUUUUGCAUACGCAAACGCAAUCGGAAGAAAGGAUGUCCUUUUUUAUGCUACCCAGCACCGUGGAGUAUGCCUGCGUAUGCGGUCUACUGAACCCGUUGACCAAGCUCUACUUUUGUCGACACUGCAUGAAACUCCGCUGCGGAUACUGCGUCUGUCAUGAGGUCGAUUCCCACUUUUGCUCCAACUGUCUGGAAAAUAUCCCCUCAUCGGAAGCGAAAAUUAGGAAAAAUCGAUGCAACACAUGUUUCAACUGUCCCAGCUGUCAGCACACACUUUCGGUGCGUGCCUCCAGCGCUUCGGUUGCUCCUCCAGCCGCAACUGCUGUUGGAGAUUCCCCAGCUGCAGGUACUGAGCCUAAGAAGGAAUCUGAAUCCAGUGCCCCUGGUAAGCAGGUCACUCGUAAAAUGUACUAUUUGGCUUGCUUGAACUGUCGCUGGAGUUCGCGGGAUGUCGGCAUACCGGAUCAGACCGUUGCUACCGGGCAGUGGCCCGAACCGGAAUACUCGAAUGCAACGAGAUUUUCUUUGCUGUUGGAACACUAUCAAUCAGUGGUCCUACAUGAGAAACAGGAAAAGCAAGAAUUGUGGCGUCGAAAGACGCCUAAACAGAGCAAGUUUCCCAGCUUGACCGAUCGGACCGGGUUAACGGUUUCGAUGAUACGACGACAGAUGGGUUGGUCCGACAGUAAGACUCAAAUUAAGGCGACUCCGUCGCCAAUUAAUCGAUCCGUUGCGAGCGAGGACGUAGACGAUCUACCACCGGAACUUCUAACGAAAGGAAUCAAUUUAAAAAAUAUUACGAAUCUGCAGCAGCGCUUGGCCCAACCGGCUAAACAACCGUUUACCGUGAAUAAACUGUUUCCACAGCACAAGCUGCUGUCAAUAAAGCGCUCCUUGCGCUGCCGCCAGUGCGAUCGAAACGUUAUCAAAUCGGAGUACAAUCCCAGUUCGAUCAAGUAUCGAAUUGCGAUGUUUGCUGCUUAUCACGUUCCGGAGGUACGUUUCGUUAAAUGUGACCCGCUUAUGGUCGGUCAGGAGUCUGUUCUACUGCUAAAGAUGGUCAAUCCGACGAUCAACGACAUGACGAUUACGAUUAUGGAACUGCCAACCGAAACGGAGGAGCAGCUGAUGAUUGAAGAAUUGAAGCUGGCAGCGGAGAAUAGUGCUUCCACGUCGCUGGUUCUCAGCGGGUUGAGUACCAGUUUGGCUAAACAGGCUAAUCUGUUGGAGGAUCCCCGGAUGGUGGAGCAGAAAGUUAAUGGAAGCUUUCGGCUGCCGGAUUCGUCGUUUGUUAUUCACCACCGGGACGAUUCGGCUGAGUUUGAUGAGGUGGUUCAGUCGCAGCAGGAAGAUCCGAGAUUCAUUAUCUGGCGGAAGGCAAAUCAGAUAGCAAUCAAGUUAUCAGUUCAACCGGAUGAUGCUUGUACCCCGCGUGAGGAUAUCUGCAUCGGAUUUUCGUUGCAGUACACGUACGUUAAUACGGUGGUCGAUAAAAGCAGCACUCCGAUGAAGGGACCGCAGAAACAAGCACUGACAACUAGGGUCUACGUUAAACUUGGAAAGUUGGCCGAUACCGGAACUGCUUCAGCUUAAGAUUACAAAAUAAAUUAUUUGCAUAUUGCUUAAUCACCGCUUAUUUAUGGACCUAAUAAAGUAUACAACAAAAAAUUAACGCUG